AUGAUACGGUACCAGAUACGGAACGAGUAUGGGCUGGCGGAUCCGGAGAUGUACGCGGCCCCCGGGGACGGGGAGGAGGAUGAUCCGGAGGCGCUCCUCGAGGGCGUCGCCAUGGCCGGCCUCGUCGGCGUGCUCCGCCAGCUCGGAGAUCUCGCGGAGUUUGCAGCUGAAAUUUUUCAUGACCUUCACGAAGAGGUUAUGGCUACUGCUUCUAGAGGACAUGGUUUAAUGCUCCGGUUGCAGCAAUUAGAGGCAGAAUUUCCAGCAGUUGAAAAGGCUAUUAUAUCUCAGACUGAGCACUCAAAUUACCCUCAUGAUGAUGGAAUUGAGUGGCGUGCUAAUCUUCAACUUAAUCAGAAUGUGAUCACACAAGGAGAUAUGCCUCGUUUCAUUAUGGAUUCAUAUGAAGAAUGCCGUGGCCCACCACAAUUGUUCACGUUGGAUAAGUUUGAUGUUGCUGGUGCUGGAGCCUCCUUAAAACGAUAUUCAGACCCCUCUUUCUUCAAGACGGAACAUGCCUCAAACAUGAUAGAAACGGAUGUUUUAAUCGAAAAGAAACCUCGUAGAAUUAAGAAGAAGGCCAUGCGUUGGAGGAAAGGGGCAACUCUUGAAUCAUUACUCACUGCAAACUCUGAGCCUCACAUUACCCCCAAGGAUCGAACUUCUAGAAAAGUUCCACCUAGGACAACAAAGUUGAAAUCCAGGCAACCACGGAGUCCCUAUCAUAAAACUGCUAGCAGAAUCUGGCGGGAGCAUCUGCAAGAAGUAAUUUCAUCGCAGCAAAAAAUCAUCUCCAGAUAUUCGGCCAGGCAUUACAAUGUGAAACUUAGAUCAACUGACUCAAGUGAAACUGCAUCUCCUUUUGGAGAAAUGGACAAUUUUGGUGACCCUGUUCAAUCUUCUGGUAAAUUGGAUCUGACAAAAGUUGUUCCAGUAAAUGAAUCUGAUGCCGUGGAGACUAAAUCUGAACCUACCGAUGGGUCAGCUUACUUGGAGCUAGGUGAUAAACGAAUUCUGGGGAAACAACAUGAACCUUUACAACAAGAUGGCAUAGUCCAUGGCUCAGAAAAGCUGCAGGACUGUCCAAACUUGGAUGUUGGAGAAAGUAAUAACAGAUCACAUUUGACAUGUGAAGAGAAACCCCUAUUGGCUGGGGUUCCUGCUGAUCAGAAAGAUAUUGAUGGCCGCAGGCCUGAUGACAUUGUGAGUGAUCAAGACAACUUCAUCGAUGCUUGUAAUGACAUGGACUCGGAAGACGAAGAAGAUCCUGGAAUGCAAACUGAAUGUGAUCCCAGUGCCAGUGUUGAACUGGUUGAAUUGAACCGUCACAACAAGGAAGGUGAAAAUGCAUUGUAUGCAGAACCUCCAGAAGUAGGUCCUGCAAUAGACUCGUCACCAGGGUUGGACAAUUCAAGCAGUGGUGGAGAACUAACCUGUAUGGACUUGCCACUUUCAAGUGAUUCUGCUCCCACAGUGUCAGCCACUAAUGGUCCAAACUCUGGUUCACAAUCUGGCAGACAAUUGAAUGGUGUUGACUGGCCCAAAGACGAAGAGCCUUCUAAUGAUGUGGAUCUAAUGGACGUGAGCUCAUCAUCUAGUGUAGUUUCUGAAAAUGGCGAUGCACAAAACAAUGAUGGUCUCGUUAGUUGUCUACAGCACAAGGAGGAAGCUUUUCACUCUAUGAGUGAUGAUCAUGCUGCUGCUAUCCAUAAUUCUGAUAAACAGUCACCUGAUACAUCUAGCAACUUGGAUGAUAUGGUUAUCGGCUGCAACAAUUACACCGAUAAAGUACGUCAUCCAGUGGAGCAUGUCCAGGAUGUUGUACUAGAUGGUAUUUCAAUGGUAUUGAGCAAACCUAAUGAUGUUUCAGAAGACAAAGAUAAAAUCAGUUCUGGGAUUGCUGAUGAUUUGUCUCUCCACCCUACCAAACCGAACCAAGAGGAAAUGCAGGAGUUGAAGAAAGAAUUGGAAGAAGGCAGAUCUUUAGAAUCAGGAAGUUCACCUAACAAACUUGCAUCGCUGCCAGAUAAGGAUCAUGUUAUGUGGAUGAAUGAUGUAGAAGUGGACAAUGUUACAAUUCGUAAAGAAAUUGUUGCAGAUACGGCCCCAACAGGUUUGGAUACUGAUGGCAUCCACGAGUAUCAAGAUGGAAUUGCACAGAAACAUUCAAGCAUCCACAAUAAUGUACUGUAUGAAUCAAAUGAUGAUGAUAUUGCUGAAGACAUGCCCUCUUUACUAGAUGAUAGCCUAUCAACUACUUUCAAUAAGCAUGUUGCAGAGGACCAUCAAAUUGUUGUGCUUGAACAAAGGACUUGUCCAACUAGCCUCAACACAUGCAAGGAUGAUUCUGUGCAAGCAUGUGCCAUGGCCAGGGAUUUCACUGAUGCUCAAAAGCUUCCAGGAGUCAUUUCAGGUGUAUUAGCUUCUCAAGAGGAGACAGAAUCUCAUGUAGGAGAGACACUUGCACCCACGUCCUGUGCAUUCAGCGAUGAUACCGAAGCACUAGAGAUUGGUGUCCCUCGAGCCCCUAGUACUACCUUUCUACCUAGCACAAGUAGUUCCUUUGUAGAGCAACGUGAAUUGACUGAAACAGAAGAAAUUCCGGAGGUUGGUGAAUUUGCGGUUGCAGAAGAAUCAACUACUAGCGGAUUUGCAGAUGAUGUGGUACCUCCCAAAGAGUUCAUUGAUGCUAACAUACAUCCUGAAAAGGCAGAGGUUCUGGCUACAAGUUCAACUGAAGAAGCCACUAAGCCGGAUUUGCAACUACAGUCUCCUUCCAGGGAAGAUUUGGAAACAAUGGAAGCUAUUCACAGAAAUCUUGGGGCAGUAGAUGAAUCAAGAGAAGAUAUCUCUAAGAAGAGUAUGUUGCAGACAGACAAUAUCCCUCCUCUUAUUGUAGAGACUACAAGUGAAAAAUAUAGUGACAGGGAUGAUGGUACACAAUUUCUAGUAGAAUCUGAUUAUCAAGAAGAAUUACUAGAAGAGGCCAGCCAUAAUGCUGAAGAUCUCUCUCUCUGCGAUUUGAACAAGGAUGGCGCAGUAACCCUGAAAAGUAACACAGUUGGGAAGCAACCAGUGGAUGCUGAUCAAGAUUUGGUGUGGGGGAUGCACGCUCAAGAUUCUAGUAGUACAAACCCGUUCCUGGAUCCUGCCUACUUGAUGAGCCAUACUCAAAUUGACCCAUCUUCCAGUAUGAAUUGCCAACCAUGUUUCCCUGAAGAAGAGGAUUUCCUUUCAGAACUUCUAAUACAACAUGACAAUAUGGGAAUAACUGCUGAUGCCCUUUGGGAACCUGCAACUCCACCUGAUGAAGCGCCAUUACCAUCAGAAAUUAUGACUGAAGAUGAUUUCAGAUCCUUCUGCCAUGAAUAUCAUGAGAUAGAUUUCUCAUCUGUCACUGACUGUUCUCACAGUGAACCAGCCUCAGAUUCUAACAAAAAUCCAAAUGCUUUUCUGGUCAGAGAGUCAGAUUUUCCAUGUUAUAACUCUGCCUUGCCAGUGAAGUUAGAUCAGGAAGCCUGUGUUCAUUCUAAGUUCUGUUCUGAGUGUGUUGAAUGUUCAUGUGCUGUGGAUAGACAAGGCACUACAUCAGUGACUGUUUCUGGUAAAGAUCUCAAGGACAAGGCACCAGGAGUAGAUUCCCAUUUAAAAUAUCCUGAGUUUUCCUAUGAUAACAGAAGUCCUGAAUUAAAUACUCUCUCUGUUCCAGUGGAUUUACAGCAGGAACUGCAUGGCUUGUCUGGAGUUGAUUCUCGUAGUAGUUCCCCUUUGCUGCAUAAGGAGAAGACUAGUGAAGAAUGCUGCUUUCCUUUAAGCAACGACAUUGUUGAAGUGAAACAAGAGCUAGAAAUCCGUGCCGGCCUUGUUCCACAUUCUUCUAUUAAUGAAAAACAAGAUGGACUGGAUGUCGCUGUACCAGUGGAACCAGAGGUCCAUGCCUGUGCCUUGGAUGAAUACGACAACCAAGAUGUUCCACACUGUUCAACUAGUGAGAAGAAUGAGGCCCUUCCUUUGUGCAAACCUGUUCUAGUCCAGGGGGCAGAAGUUUGUGCCUUUGGUGGAUUUGAAGUUGAUCCUCCAAUCAUUCCAUCACCUUCAGUUGAUGACACUAAGGACAAUCUAGAAGUCAGAAUGAACAUGAUCCUCCAAUCAUUCCAUCAUUCUUUGAGGACUUCUUUUCAAGCAGAACAGAAGUCAGAAUGUUGCACCUCAGGUGAACAUGAUUCUCAAAUCGUUCCAUUUCCUUUGCAUGAUGAGAAGAUCGACGAACUGGAUGGUCCUCCUUUGAGCAAUGGUGAUGAACUGGAUCGGGAAUCAAAAGUUUGUGUUCCACAAGGACAUGAUGCUCAAAUCGCUCCAUGUUCAACUGAUGAGGAUUUACAUGAAUUAGAUCGCCCUCCUUUGAGCAGUUCCGCUUUAGUGGAUCUUAAAUCAAAAGACCAUGUCUCGGAUGAUCGUGAUUCUGAAGUCACUCCAUGUUUGGUUAUUAAAGAUAAGAUUGAUGAAUCUGUAGAUGCUCAACCAAACCUUCUUCCUGGGGAGCUAGAGCAGGAAACUCAUGCACCCCCUGAAUUAGACUUUCGAGUUGCUCCACAAGCAGUGAAGGAAUCUGAUUGCUCAACUGAAUUUGAUUCCCAGAGUGCACCAUGUUCUUCAAAUAUACCAGUACUAGCUGACACAACAGUGUUGACUUGUAUUUCUGCCAUGCCUAGCAGUGAGGAGACGUAUCAGUUGUCUCCUGGUCUGCCACCCACUGUACAAUUUCAAAAUGAUUCCUACAAAGUUCCUCAAGCACCACCCACUGAUUCCUACAAAGAUCCUCAAGCACCACCCCCUCUCCCUCCUCUACAGUGGAGGCUUGGAAAGCCUCAGCUAGGACUUCUGAGUGGAAAAGGCUGUAUGACUGAGCCUGCGAGGGUAAUAGAUCCUGUUCAGAUAUCAAGCCAAGAGAUGGAUAUUAGGCUAGGUUUGCUUGAUCCAACAGAUAGAUCUAUAGAACCAGUACCCUCUCAAGAAAUCAAAGAAGAUAAAUGUGAGAGUUCUUUGAUAGAUCAUAAUGAUCAAAAUGUAGAUUUUGGAAGAUCAUCAACCAGGGUUGCAGUAACUGAUGUUGCAAGGACUGAACACAGGCCAUCCUUAGAGACUUCAGAGGACAUUAAGCAACAGGGGCAUAUUUCUUCAUCAGCAACAGGACUUGAGGAACACCUGGAUGCUGGGGUCACAUCAACAACAGCAGAUGAGGAACAUCUGGAUGAUUCUGGGAUGACAGAUGGAACAGCUUUAUACUCAUCAGACCCUCUGUUUCCAUUACCUGCAUAUGAACUGCAGGACCCUCAACCAGCCACUAGAGAAAAUAGUGAGCAUCCCAGUCAAACACAUGGAGCUGCAUCUGGGGAUGAUAAGUCAAUGGAUGCUGUUGGCAGCAUGGAAAGCACCACAACAAAAGGACAUGUUUCUGAAAAUAGGUGUUACCAGCAACCUCAGCAUGGUGAAUCGUCCUCAGAGACUUCAGACCAUGAAGAGCAUAUUACAAAUGCAUCAGAGGACGGUGUUCAGCAUCAGUCUGGUACAAGUGAGGCACCUUCAGACACAGCAAAGCAUUCUGCACCAGGCACCCUGUUGAAAGGGAAUGGCCAAGAGAGUCAACUUUUACAAGAACAUAAUGUUGGGAGCUCCGAGGACGAUCAACCAGGAGGCCCAUUGCUCAGCUUAGAACCAAUGGCACCUCAAGAUUAUCCACAUGAUCAAUGUAAUUUAGAGAUGGAAAACAGAAACCAGGCUAGCAACCCAGGCCUGUUACUGGAAUGGCCUGGUGAUAAAAGUGAGUUGGUCACUGUCCUUGAUGAAGGUUGCUAUGCGCAUGCUGAGCAACCGCCUGUGAUGGGAUGGACUGUUGGACCUCAGAUGCUUCAUCCUAAAUAUGGUAUUUUAGUAGAAGAGAGCCCAUUUGAGCCAAAUAUCGCUGACAAUCAUUUAAUCAGGAAGCCUGUUUCGAUAAAAAACAUCCCAAGGAAUCCACUCGUUGAUGCUGUUGCUGCUCAUGAUAGAAGCUCGAUGAGAAAGGUUUCAGAGCUUGCACCAUCAACUGACAAGCUGAAGCCUGAUGAGAGAAACAUGUUGCUAGAACAGAUAAGAAACAAGACCUUCAGCUUGAAACCAGUUGCUCCAGCUACGCCAACAGCCAUGAGAUCCCCUGCUAGAACCAGUACUAGAAACUUGAAGGUUGCCGCUAUCAUAGAAAAGGCAAAUGCCAUCCGACAGUGGGAAGUGACGAUGAAGACGCAGAUAGUUGGAGUGAUACAUAAUGCCCACCUUUUGCCCUCUUGGUACCAAUUCCUCAAGAACAUUGGGGACAGGUUAAUGGCAUCAUCGAUUCCGCACAUCAUAGUAGACAUCGAUUUCACUUUCCACACAGCAUAG